AUGCACUCCUUCGUACUCCUCCCUUUCCUGGCCUUGUCAACGGCCACCGCCGAAUACGUCCUCCAAAGCAACUUCUCCGGCGCCACAUUCUUCGACGACUUCAACUUCUACGACUCAUGGGAUCCCACUUUUGGCUUCGUCCACUAUGUCGACCGCGCCACGGCUCAAGCGAUGGGCCUGAUCGAGUCCAGCGACACUGGCCCUACCAUCUUCGGCGUUGACCAUACGGGCGUCUACGAUCCGGGCGCCAAUCUUGGUCGAGCGAGCGUGAGACUGGAAUCUUUUCAGCAGUGGACUCAUGGCCUGUUCAUUGCUGAUCUGGCUGAAAAUACCCUGCACCUGUGGAUCAACGUAGCCAGAAACUACUCGGCGCGACAGCUGACGGUUCAGAACGAUCGCCUUCCCGCUCUUGCUGGUCUCGCAUCUUUGUACAAAGCAGAGACUGGCCUGGACUACCUGGCUGGACUUUGGUCGGGACAGCACCUGUUCGAGCUCCUCCUGUGGUUUCGGAUUUCAGAGACUACGAGCACACGUCUGGAAUCAGGAUACCUGGCGCCCUCCUGGUCUUGGAUUGCCAUGAACGGUCCAGUGAACUUCAAGCGAUGGGUUGGUCCUGAGUCGUACCACAGGCAUAUCGCAACGUUCUUGAAUUACUUCAGAACGCUCAAAUGCUCCAACCCUUUCGGUGAGAUCACAGACGGCUAUCUGGAGCUCUCCGCGCCAGCGAUCACCACGACAAUCGCCGCAAUCGGUGCUGUCAACAAACAUGACCCGGACUCAAUGUCAUGGAGAGAUGGCUCGGUGUACCUCCAGCAGUUGUUUCCCGAGCACAUAAUGGAAGCCCUAUUGGGUCCUUGGGCCUGGCCAACAUUCGAUUUAGAUCAGAACAACUACGCCGAGGACCUGAUAGUGCACUGCCUGGUCCUGGGGUACGAAUGGUGGGGCCCUGAAGACUACGGCAUGUAUGGCAUCCUUGUGACGCCCAUUUCCGCGACAGAGCGAACCUUUCGCCGCAUUGGUAUGUUUGACAAGUUGCCCAAGUUCCGGCAUAGUGACCAAGAGCUCGACAUGAUGGUUUACAGCGCGAAGCGGCAUGAAACGGAAUCGAAACUGAAAAGAUUCGAUCGUAAGGACCGAGGUGGAGAGCCUCUGAAUAUCUGGUCGCUGGAACGUUCUCUACGGACAAGGAAUUUUCCUGUCAGCAGACCUGAGUACGAAGAUGCCCUGCGAGAAUUGAACGAUCUGGAGACCGAGUCGCGAGAAAGAGCUCAGACGAUGAGAGAAGAUUUGGAGUUCCAGUACUUCCGGAUCUUUUGA